AUGCCCACACUACCCUUCUUCUGGAGAAACCUCCUCCUCCAAUGCCUCCCCACCACCGCUCCUGCCCCGUUCCCCUCCGAACCGGCCGGACCCGACCCGCCUCAUCCGCCCUACGCCGACGCCACGUCAUCCAUUGCCUUCGACAUUCCCUCCUCCGCCGCCACAUCCUCGGAGUACCCCGAGCAUUCCGACCACUCACGGCCUCCCCCGGAUUUCGCCGCCGCCUUCGCCUCCCGGCGCUUCUUCUUCUCCUCCCCUGGCCUCUCCAACUCCAUCUCCAAAUCCCAUCGUCCCGUUGAGGAAGUGAACCCUCCUAGUAGUCGGCCGCCGCCGGUGGACGGGGGCGUGGUGGCGGUGAGGAAAUACUCGCCGGAUCCGUACUCGGACUUCAAGAAGUCGAUGGAGGAGAUGAUUGAGUCGCGGCGGAUCGUGGACGCACGUGGGAAUUGGGAUUACUUGCACCAGCUGCUCUCCUGUUACCUCGCCAUGAACCCAAAGCACACUCACGGCUACAUUGUUUCCGCCUUCGCCGACACCGUCGUCCGAUUGCUGCCGUCGCCGGCUCCUAUUCUUCAUCCUAGCUCCUCCUCCGACGCCACCGGAAGGUCCCCGGCGGCAGUGCUGUAG